CAUGUUGACAUAAGAUAGCUUGUUGGGACAUUUGUAUAGGAGCGGCACAGCCAUGGACAAAACAGCCGUGGUAAAAGUCGGUGCCGCGGCCAGUGCCAGUGUAUGUGCCCUAUUUGGUGGAGUUGUUCUCGCCCAGUACAUGUUCGCAAAGAAGAAGAGAGCAGGAAAGAAAACUAAAAUCAUUGAGAUGAUGCCAGAGUUUGAGAAGAACACGGUCCACAUGAGGGACCCGGAGCGGGUGGAGCAGAUCAUCUGUGGUCUGAUUAAGGGCGGAGCCUCCAAACUACAGAUCAUCACAGACUUUGACAUGACGUUAAGCAAGUUCGCCGUCAACGGCAAACGCUGCCCGACGUGUCACAACAUCAUUGACAACUGCAGUCUCGUCUCUGAAGAAUGUCGGGAAAAGCUGCUGCAGCUCAAGGAGACGUAUUACCCCAUAGAGAUCGAUCCCCACCUGACAAUGGAGGAGAAAUAUCCUUUCAUGGUAGAAUGGUAUUUCAAGUCCCACACGUUACUGGUAGAGCAGAGGUUACAGAAGGACAAACUCCCAGAGGUGGUGAGGGAGUCAGACGCCUGCUUAAGGGAGGGAUACGAGCAGUUCUUUGACCGCCUCCAUCAACACAACGUGCCCAUGUUCAUCUUCUCGGCCGGACUGGGCGACGUCCUGGAGGAGAUCAUCCGCCAGGCCGGGGUCUACCACCCCAACAUCAAGGUGGUCUCCAACUUCAUGGACUUCGACGAGAAUGGCGUGCUGCGGGGCUUCAAGGGCGAGGUCAUCCACGUCUACAACAAGCACGACGGGGCCCUGCGCAACACGGACUACUUCAAGCAGGUGAAGGACAACUGCAACAUCGUGCUGCUGGGCGACUCCCUGGGUGACCUGCACAUGGCCGACGGCGUGCCCAACGUGGAGAACAUCCUCAAGAUCGGCUUCCUCAACGACAAGGUAGAAGAGCGACUGGAGAAAUAUCUGGACUCCUAUGACAUCGUCCUUGUAAAGGACGAGACUCUGGAAGUGCCCAACUCCAUCCUUCAGAAGAUCCUCUAACUCUCACCCCCCCCACAGCACACAUCCCACUGCCCCCACAUGGAACUGAAGUGGACCACCUGACUCUAGAAGGCUACGACCAGCCCCCACCGUAGCCCCUCAAUAGACUCUAGCUCCACGGUCGACCACCUCCCCCCUCCUCGAAUCCCAUUCUGUGGCGACAAAGCAUCGUCACAAAUGCUCAUUCAUGGGGACAAAUUGUCAGAUCCUGACAGCUCACUUCACCACGUUUUUAAAGAGACAUUUAUUUCCCCCCCUCUGGUGUUUUUUAAGUACGCUAAUCUAUGUAUUUUUGUCUGUCCGUGUGUCCAACUGAACACUGUCUGCAUACUCGACCCCAGUAUGAAAAAAAAGUAAUGCUGAACAAACAAAGACAAUAUGUGAAACCCUCUUUUAUUAUUUGCGCAUUGUUGUUAUUACAAUGUAUUUCAUAUAUUAUUUUUGAUAUAAUGUUUGUAUAAAAUGUUGAUGGUGAGCAUCAGCAGAUGGUGCCCUGCAAGGCAGUCCCAGCAUGCUUUUGGCCAUACUGUCAUCAUGGAGGACACCCCGUGGCCCUCGUCUGCUACACGUAUCCUCCCGAGGUGGCACUUAAUUUUUUUUUCUGGUUUCCCUCAUAUUUUUAACAGAUUCGAAUCGUCGUGUAACAUUAAUGUUGGAAAGUGUUUUGAAGGAAGUAUUGGGUCGCGUAUUUUCAGGAUACAGGCAUGUUGGAGUGCUGCCUUUAUGCGCAACCUUGUGAGAACAGCAGUGAGUUGGGCAGAAGCGAUGCACUUUAACCUCUGUGUAUAAGUGUAACUAAAACGGUGGGAUAGGUUUUCAUGGAUGCAAUUGUCAUUCUUGCAGAAACUGGUUGUGUAUACAUUCUCAGAGUUCUCAAUUAAAUACACAGCCGGUAAGAGCACUUUACUUAACGCAGCAACUGAAAGUUGUUCUAGGUGGUGGUAAACAUUGGCGAACAGACUUUAGAGCAACAGUGUAUGUUUUCCAGCUGUCACUUCAUGUCAAAUAGAGUGCUACAAUGAAAGUACACACUAGAAGGUGUUCAAUAUAUAUUAUCACUAUCACCAGGGCUUUGGGACCUGCGGAGUCAGAACCUUCUACUAGAAAUAAUAGACCAAGGGGUUGUUCUAGAAGGCCCUGUGUGUAAUUACUAUCUGGUGAAGUACAAAAAUACUAUAUUUCUUAGAUUUUAACUCAUGGCCUUUAUUGUAUGGCCUUAAAAUAUAUAUUUUAAAAAAAUCACUACUUUUUGUUUCACAUUUGAACACUACCUCUGGGAUGUUCCCUGUGGGGAUGGAAGUGUCUGAGUUUGGUCUGAACUUGUUCAGUCUUUCAUAUGUGUCUGUGCUGCUACCCCUGCAUGUUGCCUUUUAUUAAACGUUUUGAAUUUGUCUGAAGGGGAGAACAUAUAAUGAUAUCAAUAAAACUGGCAAUAAUAGCUUA